CUUUUAAGUCACGUUUGUCCUCUCCGCAGCAGUGAAAAAAGGCAUUCUUUCUGCACGAGAAUUACACGAGAACUACUUUCGCAGCCCAGCGUUCCUUGUCUGGGAAAAGAAAGGGCGGACAGCAAAGAGCAAGGCUCCCUGCAUACAGGAGCCAUGGCAAGCCAAAUGCCGAGGAGCCUCGCCGCGCACAACACGCCGGGUCCAUUCUGGGGCGGCGCGCCCGCGUCCGCGCCGGCGCCGGCGCCCACGCCCACGCCGCCGCCACCGCCUGCGCCGAAGACCCAACAACCGCUGCGCCUCGACCCCUCAUUAAAGCGCCUCCACGACGAACUCGUGGCCCAGAAGGCCGACCCCUCCAUCCUCAAAGAUUGGACGACAGAAAAGCGCAAGGACGGCCCGAAUAGAGGUGAUAGGGUAUACUACGUCGAUCCGACCGGCAAAGCGCAUCGAAGCGCCCCCGCGGCCCGGAGAGCCAUCCUCCAGACCGGGCCCGUGACGCCGCCGAAGAAGCGCAAGACCCAGGAUAAAGAUAGGUCGCAGCUCGUCAAGUGGAAGCUCUCCGGGUGCACGGUGGCCGUCACUCCUGCUCCCCCGCGAACGGAAGCCAAUGAAGCAGAAUUAGCAUUGGAAGGUAAAGUGUUUGAGGACGAAGGCAUCCGGUGGCGCGUCGACGAGGUCUACUUCGACGAAGACGUCAAAGCUCUUUGCGCGUCGUACUAUGAUUUCGACGCUCGAGGCUUCGUGCCACCGGACGACGAGGACGCGUCCGAAGUCACGCCCUUGGAGGAGUUGCGUACGUUCGCGGCCUGGGUCUCGGACCCACGAGUCCUGACGGGGUCGGAGUUACAAUCAGCAAUAAAGAGGGAGGACGACCGGUUGGACGCGCGACGAGCGGCGCGCGUGGCCUGGGACUGCAUCGACGCCCUGGCGGCGCGACGGUUGAGGAGGCAGCCUUGCAUGAAGGAGCUGCCCGUCUGUGCUAUUGGAGACACUCAACGCUGCGGAGAACUCAUGGAGCGCCACGGCGUCGUCGUCUUCCGCAACGUAUUAUCAAAAGAUGAAAUAAAGACGUCCGAAGCUAAGUUCUGGGACUGGGCCGAGACGGCGUCGCCGGGCCUGAAACGAAGUGACCCGAAGACGCACGCCGACCUCGGUAAGAUGGGCUGGGGCGACACCGGGAUUGUGGCCAAGCAGGGCAUCGCCCAGUCGCCAUUCAUGUGGGGGGUUAGGUGCGCGCAAGGUGUACGGAAGGCCUGGGCCACCGUGUUAGAUUCAAAUGAAUUGAGCGUGUCCUUCGACGGGGCCGGCGCGUGGCUCAACCCGCACAUUCAUGGCGAGGGCGUCGCGACGCGCGGCAAGUGGUACCACAUCGACCAGUUCUACGGGAAGACGCCCCAUCGUAAAGGUUUUCAGGGUCUCGUGACGUUGUACGAAGCUGAUCAUGACACGGGCUCCUUCGUCUGCCUGCCCGGCUCGCACCGCGACUACGAGCGGAACUGUCGAGGAAGGAACCCGCUGGGGAAUUUCGUCAGGAUGAGUGGCAAGAAGGACGCGGACUACUGCGCCUACCGCGCCGUGCAGGUCGCGCCCCUGUCCGCGGGAGAUUUAGUGGUCUGGGAUUCAAGGGUCGUGCACUGCUCGGCGGGCUUCGACGCGAAGUCGGACCCGGCGAAUUUGUUAAAACUUCGGAACGUGGCGGAGCAGCCGCCCCUAGCUAGGCUCGUCGCGUACGUGGCGUGCGCGCGCAAGGACGCGGUGUCUGAUACAGUACGCGAGAAGCGGCGCGAGGCGGUUUUGAAAGGAUACGGGGGCAACGCCUUCUCGUCCCACGACGCGUCGACGCUGCGCAGGGCCGAGACGCCCGCGGGCUACCGGGUGCCCGACGAGAGUUCGCCGGUGUGGGACCUAAUCUAAAGUUAAACUUUU